AUUAUUAUUUGACAGAUGACACAGAGGAGCCAUAUAGAAGCUCAGGGUCGGAGUAUUUACCAGGUUUUACUAAAAACUGUUUAACACAUUUUUAGGAGACGAAAGUGAUGAUAAUGGUGUUCUGUCUAAGAAAUGCUUCAAAAAUUGUCUGCAUGAACCCAACAACGACGGCGACGAUACAUUUACACCACUUCCAGGGCCUAGUGAUGCCGAAACCGAUUCAGACAAUGAACCGCUUUUCAUAAAAAAAGCUAGAAUCCAGACUCAGGCAAACAAGGAAGCUCAUGGACAUGAUGUGCUGCAGCUAGGCAUAACAGAAA